AUGAGCCGCCGGUUCGUGAACCUCAUGGUCGACAGGAGAAUCGGCCGCUACCGCCAUCCUGCCACCACUCUGCACCGCAUCAACCCAUGGAGAUGCUUCCACCCAACAACACAGCAGGCACUGGCCGCGGCUCUUACUGAAAACAGCAACGGCGUCACCGUGGAGGACGCUCGCCAUAUCCUUCUACGAUCCCCUCCAGGAGGAAACCAUCGGCGAGAUGCACUUCGCCUCCCUCGGCAGCAGCAAAGCAACGGCGUUAUCUCCAUGGACCCCGACGGGAACACUUUCCUCUACGACGGCGCCUCCCGCGGCCUCCGCGUGAUGCCCGCGCUGCACUCGCCCAAGCAUUCUUCGGUCUUCCUCACCGUCGGGGACGGCCUCUACAUCCUCGAGAAGAACCCUGGGACGGAGGAAGACCAUUCCUUCGAGGCCCUCAUCCACCGCGCCCCGAGCGACGGCAUCUGGACUACGAAGAAUACCCGCCGGCGCUGCUAUGAGAGGAACGGGAGGGACCCCUACGUCAUCCGCGCCUACACGGUGGUCGGCGACUCGCAGUCGCAGAUAUGGAUAUCCACGAGGGACGGUGGCACCUCCUUCGACACGACAAGCGGCGUGUGGAGCGAGGCCGGCGACUGGGCGCUGCCGUUCUACGGCCGCGUCGAGUACGCCCCCGAGCUCGGGCUCUGGUUCGGUUUCACGUCGGAGGGCAGGCAGUUCGCUGCCUGCGACCUUGGCGCGGCAUCCCCGACGAGCCCACCGGCGCUGCGCAAAGUGUGGGACGAGCUCGCGCAACCGCUGCUCCUGCCUCUGGGCGGAGGCAAGUUUUGCGUCGCCAGGAUGUUCCACCUGGCGCAGAAAGGCUGGUGCCGGGGGAAGAGCAUUGAUGACUACCUGGACGUGGAUACCUUCGUGGUGCUCACCGGCGUGGAGGUCGUGCGCGGCAGCAGAGGGGCGCUCAGGAUGAUCAGGCACAAGUCAAGGCCUUACUGCGUCGGCUGCACGACAGCCCAACUGCUGUGAACGAGGGAUCGGGAAUUCCUGAUCCCCCACUUUUUUGUAACGGGUGUUCUAGGCGAGAAUAAUCCACUCCUUUAUCAUUGUACGAUCAAACUAAUAAGAUUGCAGGUCAAAACAAUUUCAUACAUGUUUAAUUAUCAUUUG